UCUUACAAUGAAGGUAUUAAAUAGUAUUUAUUAUUUAUGAUGGUUAUCUAAUAAUUGUAGUAUUUACUUCGUUGAUAUCUGAACGAUGACUCAUUCGCGUGUUUUGGGCAAUCUACUAUACAUAACAAUUGUCAGCUAAUAACGCGAGUAUAGUCUCAGUGCUACAUAAGGCGGAGUUCGACAAGCCGCUCUCAGUUGCAGGAGCCGGCCGCCGCGCAAACACACGGCCGCGGUUAAGUGUCAACCCGUCCGAGUGUUCACAAUUCUGCUUUAUUAGUGGUACCUACUUCGUAACAAGAACAUGAUUUUUGUAACUUUAAUUUUUGUGGCGCUUAUCGCGUUAUACUUUUACGGGACCAAAACUUUUAAAUAUUGGGAAGAGCGGGGGGUCAAACAUGACAGGCCUAUUCCAAUCCUAGGGAAUAAUGCAAGCAAUUAUCUAAUGCGCAAAAGUAUGACCCAAUUAAUAACAGAGGCAUACUGGAAGUACCCAGAUGAGCCUGUCGUAGGUUAUUUUAGAUCGUUACGUCCGGAGCUUAUUAUAAGGGAUCCUAAUAUCAUCAAAAGGGUCCUUACCACAGACUUUCACUACUUUUAUCACCGCGGAUUCAGCAAUAACAAAAUAAAGAUGGAGCCUCUGCAGAAGAACCUGUUCUUCGCGGACGGUGACAUGUGGCGGCUGCUGCGGCAGCGCCUCACGCCCUCUUUCUCCAGCGCUAAGCUGUACGCCAUGUUCCCGCUCAUCGAGGAGCGCGCCGAGCGGCUGCAAGCUCGCGUGCUGGCCCUUGCCGCCAAGGGGCAGACGCUCGACGCCCGCGACCUCAUGGCGCGCUACACCACUGACUUCAUUGGUGCUUGCGGUUUCGGUCUCGACGCAGAUUCUUUGCAAGACGAAAACUCCGAAUUUAGAAAACUCGGAAUAGAAAUAUUUCACAAGGAUGCCAAAUUUAUCGUUAAGCUUUUUCUUAAGCAACUAUUUCCUGAAACAUUCAAAAAUCUUAAACUAUCUGCUAGCAUAGAAAAGACUAUUAUCCAACUCCUGCAUCAGGUUCUUAAGCAAAGAAAUUAUCAACCUUCAUCUAGGAAUGAUUUCGUAGAUUUAUUAAUUGAAUGCAAAAAGAAGGGCACCAUCGUCGGGGAAUCUAUUGAGAGGAGAGAUUCAGAAGGCAAACCAGAAAUAGCAAAACUAGAAAUUGACGACGAAAUUUUGGCGUCUCAAAUGUUUGUUUUCUUCGCUGCAGGAUUCGAAACGUCGUCCUCCGCCACAAGCACCACGUUGAACGAACUCGCUCACAAUCCGCACGUACAAGUGAAAGUGCAAGAAGAAAUUGAUCGAGUAUUGGCAAAACACAAUAAUAAAUUGUGUUAUGAAGCUGUCAAAGAGAUGACUUACUUAGAGUGGACAUUUAAAGAAGGAAUGAGAGUUUUACCAUCUCUGGGGUUCUUAGCGCGACAAUGUGUGCGAAAAUAUACUUUUGAAGACUUGAACUUUUCAAUUGACGAGGGCGUUGUGGUGAUGAUUCCCGUGCAGGCCCUGCAGAACGACCCGAAGUACUUUCCUGAACCUGAAGAGUUCCGACCUGAACGCUUCGAUCCUGAGCUUGCUGACCCCAACAACAAAUUUGUCUACCUGCCUUUUGGAGAGGGGCCUCGAGCUUGUGUCGGCGAGCGGCUGGGGCUGAUGCAGUCGCUGGCGGGGCUGGCGGCCGUGCUGUCCAAGUUCGACGUGAGCCCGGCGCCGGGCGCGCCGCGCCACCCCGUGAUCAACCCCACCGGCGGCAUCGUGCAGAGCGUGGUCGGCGGCAUCCCACUCGUGUUCCGCGAGCGCUCCGCCCCACACUAGCGCUGCCCGCUGUCCGCUGCUACUCACACAUCUAACUUACAUUAUAUUACAUAUAUGAUCUUCUUAAUGUGAUGGAACGAUCUUAAUAUUG